AUGGCGGCAACAAGUCUGCCCCGCCGUAAGGUUACUCCCAGCCCGCAAAAGGCUUCAGCCGUCAAGCGUCACGUCAUCGACCUCUCACCUUCCAAACGAUGUGUAUUGGCUUCUUCACCUCAAGAAUCGCCAACGCCGAAGAGAGUCCCCCUGGUCGAUGCCUCAGCUCGGCAUAUCGUCUUCGAUUUCACGCUCGCUGACGGCGGCCGCGCCCGCUUUCCCACAGAGGAAGAGAGUGAGAUAUUGAGCUCUCUCUAUCCGACACAAUACUCGAUUGGUUUGUUCGGAGUAUUUCUCGUUAUCAGAGUAACGGAGCUCCCACCGCAACCAUGGCCCCUCUCUGUCGCUGGACUCCCAUUCUACAUCACUGCCGACAGAUUUGAUUUUCCCACGCCUUUUGGAAGAAUCAAGGGCCAGACUGGCAAAUUCGUCCUGGAAGAGAUCAAUGCGCAGUGCCAUGCCAGUGAUGAAGCAUUCACAGCUGUGACCCGGUGGUUUGACGAGAAAUCGACCGUGACCCUGAUGGCGCCGACUUCUCUUCUCUCCCGUGUCGUCUGUGCCAGGCCCCAUGCCUAUACAUCUACCAAUCAGAAAUUCCCCAGCCGCAAGAAGCCGCCUUCCGUCAAAGGCCCCCCGACGACUACAAUCAGGGAUGAUGCUACGUACGACAUCUUACGGCCUGGCAUAAUGAUCUCCUAG